AACAUAACCUUAAAUAUUCACAAGAUAACGAGUGUACGAAUUUAUCGUAUUACGUUGCUGUUUGAAUUAUUAUCCAUCAAAAUAUCAGACUUAUCUUCUUACUAUAUAAUAUCAUAUAAGUUCUAUAUACAGAUUUAUACAUACAUUAAUAAAAACCGUUGAAUUAUAUUUUUCUAAAUUAGUAAUAUAAUGAUAAUACUAUAUAUAUCUUUAAAUCUUAUAAAAUUGGUAUUGUAACUGGUAACUGAAUAGUAUUAAGGAAAUUUUAAUUAAAAAAUACAUCUACAUCAUGGCAAGUAUCAAGGAAUUACCAGAAUUAGAAGUCUUUAAAACAGUAUUAUUCCACUGUAUGGUGAUAAUAGCCUUACCUGUAUUUUCAUUUUUUGCUAGCAAGAUUUUUAUUUUUGAUGGAUUAUUGGGGCUCGAUCAGGUGCCAAGCAACGUGUAUUCAGCUGGAGUUGCGAUCCUUGUCUUACACGUAGCUUUGGGCGCUUUUAUAUAUCGCGCAUACUUCGAUGAUCAAUCGAAGACACAGACGAAACGAGACUAAUCAUUUUUUUUUUUUUUUUUUGUAUUUGAAACACAUAUAUGAUUAAGUACACUUUUUUGAUAACACAUUUAUUCGCGUAUAGUCAUUGGAAAAAAAAAACAUGUUACAUUGUAUUGCGUUACAUUCUGCAAUUGCAUACUUUUUUGUUAAUGUUUCGAUAUUUUUCUCCUAUUUCUUUUUUUUUUCUUUUUUUUUUUUUUUGUUUAAUGAUGUGAAAUUGCAUGAAGGACGAAUAUAACUGUACUUGUACCAAUUAAUGAAACGUAAUUAUUAAAUAAAAAGAAGCAGUGACAUUCCCACACAAUAUUUGCAUAUUGUACAGCACAAAAACUUUACAAUAUACAUAUAUCUAUAUGGAAUAUAAUUCCAUUACAUAUAUUUUGCUUUUACAUUUGAGAAAGAUGUAGUAGUAGUUUGUAGUAGAUUAGUUUAUAAUUUCUAGUGCCUCAAUAAAUCACAUCAGAUGCAUAAA